AGCUGUCAAAUUGGUGAGUGCGGAAAAUUGGUUAGUUAUUUUACACAAUACUUUAAUUUUCUGGAUUUUUUAAGUGAAAUCCUUUACUAUUAAAAUGGCUUCACGUCGUAUUGCACAGACUUCUGUCAACUGGGCCGCUCUGGCUGAGCGUGUGCCUGCUAACCAAAAGGCCAAUUUCGGUGCUUUCAAAACCAAGUCAGACGUUUACUUGCGUAGUGUUUUGGCCAAUCCCGAAAAUCCACCACAAAUCAAUUGGGCUCACUACAAGCAGUUGAUCCCUGUCGCAGGUAUGGUUGACACGUUCCAGAAACAAUAUGAAGCACUUAAAGUGCCAUACCCAGUUGAUAAUGUAACUCCACAAGUGGACGCUGAAAUCAAAGAAACCAAGAGCGAAAUCGAAAGCUUCAAGAAGGGUUCCCAAGCACGCAUUGCUCAGUACCAGCAAAGCAUUGAUCACUUGAAACAAAUGUUGCCAUACGACCAAAUGACAAUGGAAGACUACCGUGAUUCAUUCCCUGAACAAGCUUUGGAUCCUAUUAACCGCCCAACAUUCUGGCCUCAUGAUGCUGAGGAACAACGCGACAACAAAGAUAGAGCACACGCUGAACAUUAAAAGUUGUUAUGAAUAGUUCUAAGCAGAAAAGCAUUGAGAACAGCGAUUUAAACGAAAAGUUGUAAUUUGCAAAUAAAAACUUAUAAAUGUAAAAACUCAAUACCGAA